GAUUUCUGAAAUUCCGUGACCCGGAAGUUGCCGACGAGAUUUUGAUCAAUAUACCCAACAGUUUUAUUAAGUAGAUAUUGUUAGCCAUGUCUCAAGACGGAUUUCAACCUACACUUAUAAGGACCACGCACACUAACAACGCGAGCUCGAGUAUUCAACAACCACAGGCACCGUGCCCUGGUAAAACACCCAUACAAGUUCUACAUGAAUAUGGAACAAAAAUUGGUAACCUUCCCGUGUACGUGAUGGAAAAGGCCGAAGGGGAGGCGCACCAACCCAGCUUCAUCUUCAACGUUACAAUAGGAGAUAUGUCCUGCACAGGUCAAGGAGCCAGUAAAAAAGCCGCCAAACACCAAGCCGCUGAGUCUGCCCUGAACCUUCUGGAAAUAGACCCCGGAACACCCCUUCACAUAAAGAAGGAGAGUAAUGGCAACCCAGCAAAGCCUAACGACCAACCCAACUCAGUGGGGAAACUGCAGGAGCUGGCCCUGCAGUGGGGGUGGCGCCUCCCAGAAUACACCGUUUUCACAGAGGCAGGCCCACCUCACAAGAGAGAGUUCACUGUUACCUGCAGAAUGGAGUCGCUCACAGAGACUGCGACGGGAAAUUCCAAGAAGGUGGCUAAAAAGGCAGGUGCUGAGAAGAUGUUAGCAAAACUUCAAAAUGUGUCUGGUUGUCCUGAAAUCACAUGGAUCCCAAAGCCCGGUGUCCGAUUGGAGAACUUGCGUAACUCCUCGGCAGAGAAGAUGUCUCUCCUAAGAAGGAACCCACUCAGUAUUCCCAACACAGACUACAUCCAGAUGAUGCUGGAGCUGUCCCAAGAGCAGGGCUUUGAAGUCACAUACUUUGACAUUGAUGAGCUGACAGUGAACGGGCAGUACCAGUGCUUGGCAGAGCUGUCCACCUCACCUGUCACCGUAUGUCACGGCACAGGUAUCUCCUGCGGCAACGCACAUAACGACGCCGCACACAACGCUCUCCAGUACGUCAAGAUCAUGGCUUCCAUCAAAUGAGCGAUCGUAGUAAAUGGCACAGAUGGUUUUUUUUUUAAGGAAAAACAUAUUUAAUCUCAACUGAAAGGUGUCGCUAUCCUCCAUCUACCACUGUUUUCACGCCUUACCCCAGUGUUCACUUGUUGUGGAAUUGGUGAAUAUUGAUGGCAGUAUCAAUAGAAAUCAUGCCAUUCUGACAAAUCUACCUAGUUUAUGUUUUUUUUACAGUGACAGGAAACACAGUUCAUCACCUGUGGUGUCUGUCAGCCAUUUUUAAAUUAGUUUAAGAGAAAGAUCAGCGGUACACAGUGACAGCUAAUCCUGUGGAGUUUAUGUACUGUGGAAGGACAAGGGAAUAGAAUGGACACAAGUCCUGAAAGGCCUUGCUUCCAUAAUGUUGGCGAACAGUCUCCACCCUAACCCAUUGUUGACAACAGUCUCCACCCUAUCCCAUUGUUGACAUGUUGAGAACACUCUCCACCCUAUCCCAUUGUUGACAUGUUGAGAACAGUUUCCACCCUAUCCCAUUGUUGACAUGUUGACGACAGUCUCCACCCUAUCCCAUUGUUGACAUGUUGACGACAGUCUCCACCCUAUCCCAUUGUUGACGACAGUCUCCACCCUAUCCCAUUGUUGACGACAGUCUCCACCCUAUCCCAUUGUUGACGACAGUCUCCACCCUAUCCCAUUGUUGACGACAGUCUCCACCCUAUCCCAUUGUUGACGACAGUCUCCACCCUAUCCCAUUGUUGACGACAGUCUCCACCCUAUCCCAUUGUUGACGACAGUCUCCACCCUAUCCCAUUGUUGACGACAGUCUCCACCCUAUCCCAUUGUUGACGACAGUCUCCACCCUAUCCCAUUGUUGACGACAGUCUCCACCCUAUCCCAUUGUUGACAUGUUGACGACAGUCUCCACCCUAUCCCAUUGUUGACAUGUUGACGACGAUCUCCACCCUAUCCCAUUGUUGACAUGUUGACGACAGUCUCCACCCUAUCCCAUUGUUGACAUGUUGACGACGAUCUCCACCCUAUCCCAUUGUUGACAUGUUGACGACGAUCUCCACCCUAUCCCAUUGUUGACAUGUUGACGACAGUCUCCACCCUAUCCCAUUGUUGACGACAGUCUCCACCCUAUCCCAUUGUUGACGACAGUCUCCACCCUAUCCCAUUGUUGACAACAGUCUCCACCCUAUCCCAUUGUUGACGACAGUCUCCACCCUAUCCCAUUGUUGACAUGUUGACAACAGUCUCCACCCUAUCCCAUUGUCGUUGUUUUCCUAUACAUGCAAUAGUGUAUUGAAUGGUAAAUGUAAAACUAUUUGCACUGAACAAAAUUAAUGAGAGAACUCGUUUUGCCUCGUUUACUCAUAAGCCUAUGAUAAAAAAAGGAAUUUAUCAAUGAAUUUGAUGAAACACUAACGUAAGUCUGACCCUCAUUUUUCACAUAGGGAUAUUUUCUAAACGAAGCAGAUCAAUUUAAGUAGGAACAAACUAAAUAUUCAUUACACAUUGGUAUUUUGUUUGAUUUGAUUGGUUAUUAUUCCUCUUUGCCAUGUCAAUAUUCAAUUACAUUACUGUGAAACACUUUUCCAUAGUGUAUAUUAAUGCCAUAGUCUAUCGUAACUUUUAGUUUGAUUUUUAAAGUUUGAGCUUUGGUUAACACCGUUAUAUUAGUUUAUUUUUCAUUGUAUUUGAUUCCGUCAAACAGGACUCUUGUUUUGUGUAACUACCACAUGUCUUAACAGAGAACAAGACCAACAGCAGGUUUUAGUUUAGUGUCAAAACAAAAAACAACUGCUCAAUUGGGCUCCGGAGUGGCGCAGCGGUCGAAGGCACUGCUUUCUCAGUGCUAGGGGCGUCACUACAGACCCUGGUUCGAUUCCAGGCUGUAUCACAACCGGCCGUGAUUGGGAGUCCCAUAAAGUGGCGCGCUAUUGGCCCAGCGUCGCCCGGGUUAGAGUUUGGCCGAGGUAGGCCAUCAUUGUAAAUAAGAAUGUGUUCUUAACUGACUUGCCUAGUUAAAUAAAAAUACAAAUUAAUUAGAAAAUGUAACAUUUGGCUUGUUUAGGUUGAAUUGUGCUUACAUCAUAUGAGAUUAUAUAAAUCUACAUGUCUAGACUAUGAAAAUAUGUAUUUCUUUUUGUAAAAUGUAUAUUUAAUUUAAUGGUAGCAAGAUUGCAUACUCUGAAACAUCGGGACAACUCCUGUCUUAGACUUCAAGGCCGCCAUUUUGUUGUCUUCGCUCUACAAAGAGACAAUAAUUGGAAUCUUUGUAGUUUUGAUGUUGAUGUCGAAGAUUGUUGAUGUCAUCUUUUUCAGUCUACCUGUAAUGUAGCCUAGUUAUGUCAGGUGUGUAUGAAGUCAUUUUGCUGUGUGUGUGUGUUUUGGAAGGCUUUGAGUUUGUGUUUGUGCUGGUUGAAAUGUUAUGCUAAUGACGGGAUGAUAUUUACUACCGGAUUCCACCUUGUCCUGAGUUUGUCACAAAGCCUAGAUUGGGUGGUUUAAUCACAUUUUGGUUUCCUUUAACAAGGUAUGUAAUGUUUUUUGGUAGACUCAUCCCCAACGUGUGCUGUGUACCUGACCACAUUAAUACACAACUAUUACAUGUGAAGUGGGACAGACAUGGUAAAUAAAUCUACUUGACAUUGAUCUCAU